CAUCGGAAAAUAUAUUUUGAACAGGGAAUGUUUUGUAAAAUCUAAUAAGACAUGUAAUUGUUUAGAUCCGUUACCAUAGAUUUAGUAUCCAUUACCGCUUACAUCUGAACAUAGUGUUGCCAUAGUAAAUAUUUAAGUGUAUUAAUAUCGAUUAUUGUUUUCAUUGAAUUACAAAAAAAUCAAUUAACAUAAAAUCAUUCUUUAUGGUGUUGUUUAUACACUGUAGGUUAUUUUAACAUAGAUAGUGAAGUAAAAUACUUGAUUCCAUGCAAAAAAUGUUUCCUUCAUUUGUCUUACGCAUUAUAAACGUGAAUGAUACAUAUGUAACAACUGGUGAUGAACCUUUUUAAUAAAUAAAAAAAUAAUAAAAAAGAUGAGUCUGUCAUAUCAAACGUCACAUCACAUUGUGUUGAUUGAUUUUACUCUCCACUUUAAUUGUGUUUUAUUAUCGAAUUGUGUGAAAGUAAGCAAAAGACAUUUUAUCUUUGCUGAUUUGUCAACGACAGGACGUUUUUACAAUAAAGUGCCAAUACUGUAAUUGCGCUAGUAACUCAGCCCCCGGAAUCACAGACACAAUAGAAAAUCUAUUGUGUCGUGGUCCGAUCGGGCCGCUCGGGGCUCAAUGGGCUAGCGCAAUUACGCUGACGACAGGACGUUUUAUUUUAGAGGUGUUUAUACUUUUUUCCAGCCUGUGUUACUCUUUACUUAGCCUGUGUUAAUUCUUAUUUAGAAAUUAUUUAUUCCUGAAAAUGGCUAACACCUCGAGUGAGCGAAAACGAUGCAUAAAUUGUUCUUUCUUGAUACCGAGAAACAUGACGAGGCAUCACUUGGAAGAAGCGUCGAAUUCAAUGCUCAGUUUAUUACGAUCAUGGAUAGCCCCUACUCAGGUUUCUUCAGAAAACAUCAUUUGUAAUGAAUGUUUUGAAUUACUUCAAAAUCGAGCAAACACAACAAGUGAAGGAAGCAUUUUACCGUUGCCUGCUUUUGGACAUAGAAGAGUCUGUCUUCCUUGUGGAAAUUCCAUUCUACGAUCAAGGACAUAUCCUGUUCGACAUGAUCGUGAAGAGAGAAAUGUUUUAAUUCGUUUUGUUCCACAACACCUUGUCUCAAGAAUGGAUCGUGUAUGUGCUGCAUGUUGGAGGUCAGCAACAAGAGAAGUACAAAGGCAGCAACAGCGUGACUCAAAUCGCCCCACUCUGGCUGACACUGAAUUAAGUGGUGAUUCUGUUGUUCCUGUGCCACCUCCUCUGCCACCAACAACCCCAGAAAUUGUUCAACCAGUGAUACCAAAAAUAAUUUCAUCAUUGUAUAGACGUGCUGCUAACACUCCAAGUCACUGUAUAUUUGUUGAUUGUUUUGAACCUGAACGCCUACUUAUACCAUCUACUAUCAAAGACCUAAUAUUGUUUAAUUAUAAGUUUUACAUACCAUCGGGUGCACGCAUUUGUCGUCACCAUUUAAAUCAUGGUUCUUGGGACCAGUUAACUUCUCAAUUGAGAGAUUUUACUAGUAAACAAUUUGAUAAUAUUAUGACUAUGAUGCAGCGAGCUGCCAACCAUAGAUUUGAUUUUUCAAAUAUUACAUUGAUGCCUCCUCACUUAUGCCAUUAUUGGCUUGGUAUGAAUCUUGAACAGUUUCAUGAAUUACUAAAUUGUAUACCCAAUCUAGCAGAACAAGUACCAAACGCUACUAUAGCAUUAUGCAUUUAUUUAGUUAAAUUAAGAACAGGUGACAGCAACAACAGAUUAGCCACUCUUUUCAAUAAACCUAGAGCUACAUUGGAACGUUUGAUUACUCAAGCUAGAAAUUGCUUUAUUAAUGAUUUUGUCCCAUUGUACUUAGGAUUUAAUCAUAUGACUAUACAAGAUGUUGCUUCUCGGAAUAGGAUUAUUCCAGAAGGAUUUUUUGGUAAUCCCCAUUUACCUGCAGAAAUUAAACCUGCAAUUGUUAUUUGUGAUGCUACCUAUAUUUUUGUGCAAAGUAGUUCCAAUUAUUUAUACCAAAAACAAACAUAUAGUUUACAAAAACUAGAUAACUUAGUAAAACCAUUCUUGAUUGUAUGCUGCGAUGGUCAUAUUGUGGAAUGUCUUGGUCCUUACAAGGCCACUACUAACGAUGCUACAAUCACUAGUUUAAACUUAAAUAACGAGGAUUCUGGUUUUGGUCAAUUUUUCAGAAGGGGCGAUAUUUUUAUUCUUGAUAGAGGAUUUCGAGAUGUUGUGAGUGAACUUCAAGACCAUGGUUUUGUCGCCUAUAUGCCUGAGUCUCUCCUUGAUAAUGAACACCAAUUAACAACCCUGCAAGCAAAUCGGUCUCGUUUGGUAACUAUGUGUCGUUGGGUUGUAGAAGUAGUUAAUGGUCGUGUGAAAAGGGAUUAUAGACUUUUUCGGGAUGUUUUCAAUAAUAGAGCUGCUAUGCACCUCAAAGAUGAUUUUAGAAUUGCUUGUGCCUUGUUAAAUAAGUUUCAUGUUACCGUAAAUGACCCACCAGAGGCUUUUGAAUAUGUGAGUAUUGCUAAAAAUAGACUUUCACUUGAAAAUCAUUUGGCAGUGUACGUGGAAAGUGAAAAUGUCAAUAGAAGGAGAGCGAGAUUUCAACAGGUUGAUAGCGAACAUCCUCAUUUAACUACAUUUCCACAACUUACAAUAACUGAUCUUAAACGGCUUGCUUUAGGCACAUAUCAACUGAAACAAGCUAGGUCAUACUUUGGAGAGCAUGUUCGUCAAUCUGGCAUUUAUUGGGUUCAGGUAAAUAAUGAAAUUGAUGAUGAUGUUCCUCUGAUGUUAGGUCUGAAUAACUAUUUAUUAAGGGGUAGGAUUAAGUCCAGACAUGUAAAUAGUCGUAAGUAUUACACUUAUUUAUUAAUAAGUAGAGAUGAUGCUGUAAGAAAUACUCUAGAAGCUAUAACAGGUUAUUGUUGCAGCUGUCUCGUUGGUAGGCGAACAGUAGGAUGUUGUGCACACGUAAUGACAGUGGUUUGGUACCUAAGCUGGGCUCGUUACAAUGAUGUAACUGCUCCGGCUCCAUAUUUAGAUAAUUUUUUUUAUGAAAAUGACGAAUGAUGUUUGCCUUAAGUCCGGCAUUCACUACACGCACCGCGAGCCGAGCCCCGAGCUGUACCAAUCCGUGGACAAACCCGUCAUCGCCCACACACUACACGAGCGCUGAGUUGUAGUCCAGUCGACUGUGAACAUUGGUGAGCCUUGCACGUAUCUACCCUACCAAGGUACCGAUGCUUUCAAAACGCAAAAAAGUGGCUCUAGUAGUCGGUGCAAUACUUUUUACGCAGAACAAAAAUAAAAAGCGCGUGUGGGCAAAGGAAUGGCUGAAACAACAAAAAAAAUAUACACAUAUGAAAUUGCUGCAAUGCAUUCAGUCCUGUGAACCACCUGAUUUUGUUAAUUACUUUAGAAUGAAAUACGAAACCUUCAUGGAAUUAUUAAAUUAGUGACGGAUUGGUGCGCCUGUGAAUGGUACCCUUUACGUUAAAUUGGUCUACCACUAGAUCUAUUUUUUUGUAAUAUCUGUCUACUUGAAGCUACUCCCAUUAUGUAAACCGAAUAAAACAAUCUAUAUGAGCUCUA